CAACUCCGCUAAAGUUUACUGUUGCUCACCCUCAUUCGUUUGUUUUGAAAAAGCCGUGGACGGAAUUUAGAUAUUUGAAACAACUUUUUCACCAUCUUAACGUCAUUUUAGCUGCUGUAAUUAGUUGUGUCUAUUAUAUAGUGAGCAUUUAUUCAGCAAAACGUCAAACGUUGUAAGAUUGUUAUAUCUUUAAUGCUGGUUAUCCAAUUAGCUAGCAUUCGCUACAAAUUUUGCGAAGUUAACUACCUAAUAACUUCAUAAUGCACUGCAGAGUAUUUUUUGCUUAAUAUUAUUGUCAGUUCUUGACAGCAAUAUGAGCUUUCUUGUGGCAAUUUGUUACUGAACCAGGACACAGUUGAUUUCAUCUCCAUCUCUGGUCUAAGCGUGGACCAGCAGCGGGAUGUCCCAGCACGCUUUACAUUCGGUGGGGAAAAAUACAUGGCGUUCUCUCCCAUGUUCACUCUCCGAACUUCGGUUAGACCUUACGCUUGGAUGUGGACAAACCUUCCGAUGGCGUGAGACAGGAGAAGGCCACUGGACAGGGGUGAUGGGAGGACGAGUGUGGACGCUCACUCAGAAUGAAGACACUUUAUGGUACCACGUCUACCAUUGCCAUGGAAACCCAGGGCUAAUUAAUGGAAGGAAACGGAAAACAGCGGCGGGACUUAAAGGUUCAGGGAAGAAAUCAAAAGAAACCAUUGCUGUGAAGGAGGAAGAGAAGGCGGAGAUGCUUGACACCGUGAGCUCAGAGGAGGACAAGAAAGAAGAAGAGCUUCUGAGAGACUAUUUUCAGCUGCAUGUUAAACUGGAGAACCUAUAUGAGGAAUGGAGCAGUGCAGAUCAACACUUCAAUCACACAGGCAAUAUCUUCAGAGGAGUGCGGAUGUUGCGUCAGGACCCUGUGGAGUGUCUCUUCUCAUUCAUCUGUAGUUCCAAUAAUCACAUCUCCCGGAUUCAGGGCAUGGUAGAGAGACUGUGUAACACACUGGGCACACCCCUUUGCAAGCUGGAUAACACACACUAUCAUGACUUCCCCUCUAUACAGACACUAGCGGACAGUAGUGUGGAGGCACGUCUGCGUGAUAUGGGCUUUGGCUACCGAGCUCGUUUCCUGUGGCGGAGCGCGCACCUCAUCAUGAGCACCCUCGGUCCCGACUGGCUCUACGAGCUCCGCAGCACCCCGUACUUGCAGGCCAGAGAUGCACUCCGGACACUCCCUGGUGUCGGCCUCAAGGUGGCCGACUGUGUAUGUUUGAUGUCACUGGACAAGUCUGAAGCCGUCCCCGUAGAUACACAUGUGUGGCAGAUUGCUAAGCGUGACUAUAGCUGUGCUGCAGGUAUUGGAAAGAAGACUCUGACUGAUAAAGUCUAUCAAGAGAUUGGUGAUUUCUUCAGGAAGAUUUGGGGUUCCUAUGCAGGCUGGGCCCAGUCUGUAUUGUUCUGUGCUGACCUAAAGAAGUUCCAGAAGUUGAAAGAAGUUCCAGACAGUAAAAGAUGAGAGAACAGGGCAAAUGGUUGGGGGGGGAUAACAAACAGCAAGAAGAAAGGGACCAUGAAAAAGAAUUCAAACGUGGAAGAGUGAGGUCUCUCUUACAAAGACAUUCUUUGACUCUCAGCAUUGGACACACAAUGCAAGAGCUUUCUGGAGACUAUAAGAAAGACUCAGUAAAUAAUUCUAUGUAUACUUUUA